CUCUCUAUCUCUCUCUCUCUCUCUAAACGGGUUUUAAAAAACAGUUGCUUGAAUCUGAAGUUUGGAACAAGAAGAAGAAGAAGAAGAAGAACAAGUGUUCUUUCUUGGAGAUCCAAAUGGGGAAGAAUGAUCACAGAGUUGAAGCUGUUCUUCAGCUUCUUCGUAAACAAGCUCCACUUUCAGUCAAACAGGACAAGUUCUGUAAUACUGCUUGUGUUGAGCGGUUUCUCAAGGCCAAAGGAGACAAUGUGAAGAAAGCUGCGAAGAGCUUGAGGGCUUGCCUUUCUUGGAGGGAUAGCAUCGGCAUCGAUCAUCUAAUUGCCGAUGAAUUCUCCGCUGAGCUUGCUGAUGGCGUUGCUUAUGUGGCUGGCCACGACGAAGAAUCUCGCCCCGUCUUGAUUUUUCGGAUAAAGCAGGAUUAUCAAAAAUUCCAUUCACAGAAACUGUUCACUCGUCUGGUAGUAUUCACGCUAGAGGUUGCGAUCGGGACCAUGUCAAAGAACGUCGACCAAAUGAUCAUACUUUUCGACGCAAGCUUUUACAGGUCGGCUUCGGCUUUUAUCAACUCACUUCUGCCCAUGUUGAAGAUCGUGGCUGAUUUUUAUCCUCGCCGCCUUCAUUCCGCUUUUGUUAUCGACCCACCUUCGCUCUUUACAUAUCUUUGGAAGGGUGUUCGACCGUUCGUUGAGCUAUCAACGGUUACGAUGGUAAUUUCGUCUCUUGACUUUGAAGAUUCGUUGGAGUUUAACGAUUUCGCCGCCUAUCCACGAGCCUCGUCCCUCCGAUUUGAUCAAUCGUUAAUGGAACCAACGGCUAAGAUUGGCUCAUCUGCAUCCUCACGCUUCUCAUUCACUGUAUCCCACCAUUUCGACUCACUCAAACCUUGGUACCUCAGUUUAACCGACACGUCAGCUUCCAAAGUGGGUCCCACCAGUCCUUCACCAUUGGGUCCCGCACUGAUCUCUCCACUCAACGCCCGUUCACUGUCGUUCGCAUCACCGGCUGCUAGAACGCCACGUGGUGGAAUCAACGAUGGGAAUUACAGCUCGAGGCUGACGAGAAAAAGCUUGUUCCCGUCGACGCCGAUGCCGCCGAAGAGCGCCGCCAUGGCCAGCGGAGGAGGGAAAAAGGUCAACCACCCACGGACACCAAGACCGUCGUUCCUGCAAUCGCCGGCGGUGUUCUUCAGGAGAGAGUGCCACGUCAGCAGAACAGAGAAAAACAGGGAAGCAUUCCGACCAGUGUUGAAAUUAUACAGAAGACCGUACGAUGAGAUGAUCUACAGGUCAAAGAUGAGGCCACCACUUGGCGGAUUGAUCUCCAUCGUCACUCCAAAUCUCAGACGUAAACACGUGUCAUUGUCUCAACGAUUCUGAUCCAAUACAAAA